UUUGAAUAAUGUAGCGGUAUGGAGAUUCAUCUGUUGUUUUAAUAUUUACUGUACGUAGAUGUGGGUUGUGCCGAGUGCCGGCCGAGCCUGUGCUGUUAGUCUCAUCCGUUGGCCAUCCACAGGCGAGCGUUCGUCUCAGACGAACCGGUUUAAGUCUGAUAUUGAUGAAUUAUAGUUGUUGUAGAUCUCCAGGUCUUAGUUAUACUGGUCCUCCUCUCGUCGACUCUCUAAAAGCGAAGGAAAUAUAAGGCUUGCACCGGGCGCGCGGGCGGGCGGCGGCGCCACGCGAUCAUUUCGCAGAGCACGGCGGGCGGGGGCGCACGUCUAGAGCCUCCACACUGCGUUGUCCGCCUGCGCCUCGCUCCUGUUUCUAUACUAUAACCUCGUUAGUCCAAGUGACGUACAUUCUUAUACGUAGCUGUGUGUAGUGAGCGCGUGAGAAUCGGAAACAGCCGGCCGCUGCACUCCAACCCAGGAUUGUUGGAACAUAAAAGAUAACCUUGCUCGCUGCAUUUAUUAUUCAGUGACUGCGCUAAGCUACAGCCAGGAUGGCGCCCUUUACAGGUAAUCAUGAGAAUCAAACAAAUCACCGAUAACGGUAAUGUGGCCGUGGACAACGGGCAUCAGAUACUGUCACACAUAAACUCUGACAGCCGGGGCUGGCUACCCAAUAACACCAGCUCUGAAUAUUUUUAUAAUAAUAUUAACAGGACGGAACAUUUCCAAUUUAAUUCUAAUUACAAUAAUUCGACUAUUACUACUGGUUUGUUCAGAAGUAAUAGUGUGCAAAAUAAGAAUGUUACGAACGAAACCUCCAACUUGACUGCUGAACCAGUGUGCAAUACCCUGUAUAGGCUGAUCAAUCAAAAUAACCCAGUAUCCUUGAAUUUGAAUAACACAGAAGCUAGCAACCUGGAGGGCGCCACGGAAAAUUUCCUCAUUCCCCGUGAAAGCUUUCUAGGUAAUAAUGUGUCUUCGAAUACAACCCCUAUUGAUGAUGAGCGGCCGUUCGAUCAUUCAGACACGGAUGAGAUGUCUGAGAAUGGCAGUCGCCCUGUGCCUAGAGGAAUCGUGAAUCCAAAUUAUCCUGGUUUUCAACACUUGGCGCAUACGUUGCAGGAUUAUUCUUCAAACAUUGAAAAUUUUUAUCAUUCUGAAAAUGAUAUGACGGAUGACGAUAUAGAUUUAGAGAUAACUGAAUCAACAUACGAACCAGAGCUUAACUUAAAUGAAACCACCAUUGUAUGUAAAAAUAUCAAUAAUAAUAACCAGGAAGACUUAAACAAUUCUAAAAUACUAAGUUCACCUAUUGAGAGUAAAAUAACAGCAACGUCAGAUAGUCUAUCACAAAAGGAAAUUCCUGAUUUAUUGAAAACAAUAUCAGAAAAUAAUAAUAAUAUCAACCGUAGUGAAUUUGAAAUAGCUUGCACUGAUACAGAUAUAGAAAAUAACUUUCACACUAAAGACAUAAUAGGGGAUUUUAACAAAGAAAUUGAGGACGAAAUAAAACAAUUAUUAAAUUAUAACAUUAAUAUUCAAGAUGAUUUAGAAGAAUUAAGGAAAGAUAUCAAAGAUACCUUUGCGAAGCCAAUUGAAAAUACCAUAAAUAACAUAAGUGAAGUCGUGAAUCAUGUUAUAAAGAAACUCGUUGAAACGCAUGUUGAUGAAAUCGAGCACAGUCCGGAUAAGUCAGCAAAUGGAACGAGUAGUAGAGAAGUGAUAAACAAUGAAAUUAGCGACAUUAAACAAAAUGAAACAAAUGCAAUAAAAGAAAUGAAUCUCAGUAGGCCUACAUUUUUAUUGAUAGAAAAUAACACGAAUAAGAUAACCGAUGCAGUCUUAUCAGACGGAAAAGAUGAAAUUACCUUUUAUGAUAACGAAUACGACCCAAAAAAUAUGAGCAACAACGUCGAAAAUACAAUAAAACAACUUAGCACCGAGUUAAGAAAAAUCAUUCCCAAGUUAGAUGAAAUGCGAGAACGUGAUAGAUUAUGGAUAAGGAAUAAAAAAGAACCAUCUGUGAUCCUUACAGAUGGUAAUUUCAAUGAAGUUGCGAGUUCGUCUCGAUAUACCGGAGACAUGAAAAGUGGAAGCAGUCCUGUUGUACUUACAAGAAAACCGGUCAAAGUAUUAAGUGAAUCAUCGGCGCCAAAGGAACAGCCAAAGGAAUUGGCACCGGCUAAGAAGUAUACCAGAUCAGCUCAAGUCAACUCAUCCGUCCGAAUAGGUGAAAAUGUAGACAAAUGUGAUUUAGGAAGUUUCGACGUCUACAAUAUAGAAACUGCUCUGCCCAAGUUAGAUUUAGAUGCGAUUGAAAAUCAUUUGAAGGCAGCUAAAGAAGCAGAGAGACGGAAACGCAAUGAUAGGGAAGAGAUCAGAAAACGUUUGGCCAUGGGGGCUGACAGUGAGGAAUAUUAUAGUAUGGGACACACUGAUAGGCCAGGAAAGAAACCAAGUCUACACUCGAGACUGCAGAAUGGGAAGAAUCUCCAAAUAUGUUUCAUGAAUGAAACUGCAUCAGACAAUGAAUCAACUUCAGAGUUGGACAGAAAUAUCAAUUAUGGCACCAAAAGCCUGUCCCGGUCAAGCAUUUUCAGCAAGUCAAAUUACAGUCUCAAUAACCAUCCAUACCAGACAAGGCCACUGUCUGUCAGCAUUACAAAACAUGACAAAAUUGGCAUUGUCCCAUCUGGUGCUAAGUUACGUCCCACAACUCUUUCACUGAAGACAUCCAAGUCUCGAUCUUCACAGUCCCUCGGUCACAUAGAGCUAAAAGAGUCUGAUUUCUACGCACUUCAGGCGACGCUUCAAACCGAGGCAAGGAUUGCGCUCGCCCAGGCUAAAGAGUUAGCCCGAAUCCAGAUGGAGCGCGAGCGUCGCAGCCGCGGCGCGUCGCCGGUGACGGAGAUGCUGCGCAACUCCAUGCGCAAGGCCAACGCGCCGCUCGCGGCCGACCGCCGCCGCGUGUCGCGCCAGCUGCUCACUGACAUGAACAUCGCGCAGCUGCAGGUUGUGGUGAACGAGCUGCACUCGCAGAUCGAGUCGCUGAACGAGUCGCUCGUGCAGCUGCUGAUGGCGCGCGACGAGCUGCACAUGGGGCAGGACUCCAUGCUAGUCGACAUCGAGGACCUCACCCGCUACCUGGGUGUGAAGGAACAGACUAAGAGGACCAAGGGCUCGGGCAAGUCGGGCGUGCGGCGGCUCGCCUCGCUCGUGCACAAGUAAACGCUACAACUAAUCGUACGUUACCUCCUGCAUCACACAUACACUAGC